UCUCGCGAGAAACCACGAAGUUUCCGGUGUUGUGUAUGUUCCUGGAAACAUGGCGGCCAGCUUCCGCGGCCGUCCUAUCCGGAGUCUUCGGAUGCGAGGUCGGAAUGACAGCGGGGAAGAGAACGUACCGCUGGAUCUGACCAGAGAACCAUCAGAAAACUUCCGUGAAAUCCUUCAAAAUGUGGCCAAACCGCACGGAGUCAGUAACAUGCGAAAAUUGGGCCACCUGAACAACUUCAUAAAGCUGCUAUGCAGCAUUAGCCACCGUGAGGAAAACUUUGGGUUUACAUAUGAAGAAAUCAUCAUUUGUCUGCGACUAGCUCUACUGAAUGAGGCUAAAGAAGUGCGUGCUGCAGGGUUGCGGUCACUCCGCUACCUCAUUAGAGACACCACCGUGCUGCAGAAGGUCCUCAGACUACAGGUGGACUAUUUGAUAGCCAGAUGCAUUGACAUCCAGCAGAGCAAUGAGGGGGAGAGGACUCAGGCUCUGAGACUAGUCCGAAAGAUUAUCACUGUCAAUGCGAUGCUGUUCCCCAGCUCUAUUGCAAACUCUCUAAUUGCUGUGGGCACUGAUGGACUACAGGAGAGAGACCGCAUGGUCCGCGCAGCCAUCGCCAUCGUAUGUGAGCUAGCCCUGAAGAACCCAGAGGUGGUGGCCAAACGGGGGGGCCUCUGCACCAUCCUGAAGAGUGUGAUCGACUGUCAGCUGAGUCGCAUCAACGAAGCUCUGAUCACCACCGUCCUCCAUCUACUCAACCACCCACGUACCCGUCAGUACGUGCGUGUUGACGUCGAACUGGAGCAAAUCCUGGCGCCUUUCACAGAUUUUCACUACCGUCACAACGCAGACACGGCUGAAGGGCAACUCAAGGAGGACAGAGAGUCCCGUUUCUUGUCAAGUAGAAUGGCCAUAGUGGCAGCCUUUCGCUCCUGGUCUGGGAUUAUCAACCUCUGCAAGGCUGGAAAUUCUGGAAUCCAAUCUUUAAUUGGCUUACUUUGCAUACCAAAUAUGGAAGUUAGGAAAGGCUUGUUGGAGGUGUUAUAUGAGAUAUUCAGGCUCCCUGUACCCAUUGUAACACAAGACUUCACGGAAGCUCUUCUAAGUGUUGACCCUGCCAGGUUCCAGGACACCUGGAGACUGUCUGAUGGGUUUGUUGCUGCUGAGGCCAAAGUCAUCCUACCCCAUCGGGCCCGCUCGAGGCCUGAUCUGAUGGACAACUACCUGGCAUUUGUUCUUUCUGCCUUCCUCACCAGUGGGCUGUUAGAGGGUCUUGUUGAAGUUGUGACCAGUAGCGAUGAUCAGCUUGCUGUCAGAGCCACCAUCCUCUUGGGAGAACUUCUACACAUGGCAAACACCAUCCUUCCUCAUUCCCACAGUCACCACCUGCACUGCCUUCCCACCCUCAUCAACAUGGCAGCCUCCUUUGACAUCCCACAGCAGAAACGACUUCGGGCAAGUGCAGCAGUCAACAAUCUGAAGCGUUUCCAUGAGAAGAAGAAGAAAGGUUUGAAACCACACAGUCUUUACCUGGACCAAGUCAUCCGCAAGUCUGUGUCUUCACAUAGCCGCAGAGAGUCACACUCACGUGUCCACAGGGACAUCUAUGUCAUUAAGGACACAGAAGAAGCACUGAUGAUGAACCUGAGAGACAGUCAAAUUCUCAACCACAAGCACAACCUGGAGUGGAACUGGUUGCUUAUUGCCACCAUCCUUAAGUGGCCAAAUGUAAACCUCAGGAACAACAAAGAUGAACAGAUGCACAAGUUUGUGCGGAGGCUGCUGUACUUUUAUAAGCCCAGUAGUAAGUUGUACGCAGGGCUGGCGUUGGAUCACCCAAAGGCCAGACAACUCACUGUGGUUGGCUGUCAGUUUGUUGAGUUCCUCAUGGACUCGGAUGAGGAUGGCCAGGGUUACCUGGAGGACCUGGUGAGGGACAUGGUAUCAUGGCUGUCCUCGUCCUCAGGGCUGAAGCCUGAGCGCUGUCUGCAGAGUAACGGCCUACUCACCACACUCAGCCAACACUACUUCCUCUUCCUGGGCACGCUCUCUGCACACCCACAGGGAGUCAAACUGCUGGAGAAAUGUGGCCUGUUUCAGUGCCUGCUGAAUCUGUGCUCUGUGAAGAACCAGGAUGCUGUGCUGAAACUUGCUGUAUCCACACUGGACUACAGCAGAGACGGUCUGGCCAGAGUGAUCCUCUCCAAGAUCCUCACUGCUGCUACUGAUGUGUGCAGGUUGUAUGCCACCAAACACCUCCGUGUGCUGCUGCGUGCGGGCGUGGAGUUCUUCAGUAGCUGGGGCAUGGAGCUGCUGGUCACACAGCUUCACGACCACAGCAAGUCUGUGUCCAUGGAGGCCCUGGACAUACUGGACGAGGCCUGUGAGGACAAGGCCAACCUCCACGCUCUAAUACAGCUGAAACCAGCAUUGUCCCACCUGGGAGACAAGGGCCUCCUGCUGCUCCUCAGAUUCCUGUCCAUUCCAAAAGGUUUCUCCUACCUCAACGAGAGGGGUUACGUCAGCAAACAGCUGGAUAAAUGGCAGAAGGAAUACAACCUUAAGUAUGUGGACCUGAUAGAGGAGCAGCUCAACGAAGCACUAACAACCUACCGCAAACCUGUUGAUGGAGACAACUACGUCAGACGCAGCAACCAAAGGUUACAAAGACCAAAUGUCUAUCUCCCUGUGCACUUGUAUGGGCAGCUGGUCCAUGAUAAGACGGGCUGUCAUCUAUUGGAGGCUCAGAGUGUGGUUCCUGACCUCAGCUACACGGUUCGCUCCCCGAUGCUGGACACCUGGGAGGGCAUUAAACAGCUGAAGGCUGCUCUCUGGGCCCUGGUCAGUAUCACCUAUCAGUCACCUCAGUUACUCUGCCAUUAUAAUAAUAAUCGUUACAAAGAGAUGGCUCUGAUGGUGUAUGUUUUUUUUCCCUUGCAGGGCAACAUUGGCUCUUCAAACUGGGGUCUGAAUCUCCUGCAGGAGGAGAAUGUCAUUCCUGAUAUCCUCACUUUGGCUCAGCACUGUGAGGUGCUGUCAGUACGAGGGACAUGCGUUUAUGUGCUGGGUGUGAUCUCCAAAACCAGGCAGGGUUGUGAGGUGCUGAAGCAGUAUGGUUGGGAUGCAGUCAGACACAGUCGCAGGACGCUGUGGCCUGUCACUCCAGAAGAGGUCGACGCACAGCUGACCUCUGAACUUUCCUCAGUACCGAGCACGCUCAGUCUGAACUCUGAAUCCACCAGCUCGCGCCACAACAGCGAGAGCGAGUCCCAACCAAACAUGUACAUCCUGGACGAUGACAAGUGUGAUGUGCUGGACCAGUCAGACGAGCCCUCUUUCUAUCUACACUCCAAACCAGUCAAGGACCGCAGCCCCUUCACUAUCCUGGCCUCCACACGCUUCGUUCGCACUCGCUUCCUCAACUCCCUGUCCCUCCCCAGCAAGAAGCUGCGCUCCACCAGCGACCCCAAGACCCCAACAGGCUCCCGCACCCCUACUGAACUCAAGACGGGGAGUAUAAGGCGGAACAGGACAGUGACAGAGCCCUCUGUCUACAGCCCAAACCAGGGGGAUGUCUUCACCUCUGUGUUUAAUGGCAGAGGAAUGCCCAAGAGUCCCACAGUCAGCCUGGAGACGUCCUUUGUCGGGACCAGGGGGGGCUCAGAGGAGCAGCUUGUGGAUGGCAGGCUGGCCAGGGGAGGAGGCUCAGGCCUCGGACUCAGUGGUCUGGGAGGCCAUGGGGCCGUGGAGCAACCCAGCCGGGAGAGGGAGCAGAGCAGCCGAGAGCGUCUAGCAGGAGAUGGUGGCUCUUCGUCUAGUGGAGGCAAUGUGGGAGGAGGUGGAGGUGGCGGCGGCGGAGGAACUCAGUUUAAAAGCCGCAGUCAGAGCUUUAACACGGACACCACAACCAGCGGCAUCAGCUCCAUGAGCUCCAGCCCCUCCAGGGAGACCGUUGGAAACCCUGAGCAUCCCGAACCCGAACCAGACUCCUCUGACUGUGUGAGUCUCAACACAGUGGUGUCAGCCAAGACUGUCAAAACGCUCUCUUCCCUCACCCCCCAGGCUCAGACCAACCACAUGUCCACGUCUAAGUCCUCUACUGUCUCUCUGGUGCCACCCGGCUCCUCGCACACUCUCCCCCGCCGAGCUCAGUCUCUCAAGUCUCCUUCAGUAACUACCAUCAAGAGCCUGGCUGACUGUAGCUUCAUGUACACCAGCCCACGGGACGCGCUUGGCUACGCUACACUGAAGAGGCUGCAGCAGCAGAGGAUACAUCCGUCUUUGUCUCACAGCGAAGCGCUGGCUUCACCAGCCAAAGACGUGCUGUUCACCGACACUAUCACAAUGAAGACCGGCAGCCUGGACUCCAGAUUAACGCCUCGCAGUCUCUCCCCCCGGAUCCUCUCACGUACCUCUCCUCUUGCCCUCCCUAGGUUUCUGAAGGCUCUGAGCUUUGCCUCUCUGGAUAAAGAGGAACUACUCAGUCCCAUCAACCAAAGCAGUCUGCACCGCUGCUCUUCAGUGCGCUCAAUGGUCUCCAGCGCCAACUAUGGGUGUAACGAUGACUACGUUGGCCUAGCACUGCCCAUGGACAUCAACAAUAUGUUCCACAUCAGAGACUCUGCCUACUUUCAGCAGAGGAUCAGCCCGCCGUCUGAAGAGCGUAAACGCUUCCUCUUUGGCGAUGGAGAUGGUGAUCGCCCUGCUGUUCCAGUACUGAAGCAACAGUUCAGUAUCUCUGAGCUGAUUGUGUGCCGAGGUGACAGCCAGAACCACACGGUGGGCUCAGAGGAGACGGGGCUGCAGGAUCACACUGACGAAAACUGCCUCUACUGUGUAGGAGCCAUCGUCCUCGGAUACCCCACACAGCCACAGAUGAACAGCACACACCCUCGGACAGACUAUGUGGACUUCCCAUCAUGGGGAGGGCAGAGCGGCCAUCGUCUGGAGGUGAUGCCUCAGUCCAAGUUCUCCGGGGUGUCAGGCUGCAGCGACGCUGCUGUGUCACAAGGCUCAAUCUGUAGCACGCCCACGCCUGGUGACAUUGUCAUAGGUGGCAAGGCGAUAUCAGAAGACGGCCCCGCCUCCCGAGUCUUGCUGAGGAAGGAGGUGCUUCGCCUCAUCAUCAACCUCAGCUCCUCUGUAGGAACCAAAGGCCACGAAACAGGACUACUGACGAUAAAGGAGAAGUUUCCCUAUGCGUUUGAUGACAUCUGCCUGUACUCUGAGGUUUCUCACCUCUUAGCCCACUGUAUGUUUCGCCUGACCUCAAGACGUUUCAUACAGGAACUCUUCCAGGACGUGCAAUUCAUGCCAAUGUUCGAGGAAGCAGAGGCAAUCCUCACAAAGCUACCAAAACCUGUUGAAGAGGAUGUUGACCCUCCUGCAGAAUCCUGAUCUCACCCCCUUGCGUUCCCUGCACAGACCCGGUCCUGCCACCCUACAAACACAGAAAGAACGACUGAGAGAAUAUAAGUUAUGACUAAGGAGAUGGGGAGGCGUCUGGCAUGUUUCUGUUGCUCAAAACAGAGUACCAUAGCCAAGGAAGAGGAGGAGGUGGUCAUCACUCGCCUUUCUUUUAGCAAACACAAGCUGGAAACAAAGGACGUUGAUAUCUGUAAACUAAAUAUAACCCGACAUGCCUAAUGCUGUUUCAGACUUCUUUUUUUUUUCCUUUUUCUUUUUUUUUUUUUUUUUUACAGCAAAAUGGGGGAGCAGUUUAAACAAAUACUGUUUUCAGAUGGGUUGGCAAACUUGAGCGUCACUCAAUAAUACAUACAACAUAAUGCUUAAGGACAAGCUGGAUCAUUAAGACAAAGACUCACAUUGUGUUAAAAAAAUUCUCUAAACAUUUUAUCUCUUUCCAGAGGUGGUGUUUUUCUGUAAUGAAAUGAAUAAGGCAUGUUGUGUCUACCCAGUGAUUCCUCGAACCCUGCAUUCUUUUCUCGUUAUGAAACAAAACACUACAGAGGGGUCCUGCUGUUUUUAAAACAUAUCUGGAUCCUUCCUGGUUCAUAUCCCACCCUGACCUGCCAUCUGUUCUAGCCAGAUAUGUGCUUUUGCUUCGCUUGCCUCACCACUUCCUACAACCUGUAGCCUCUUGUCAGCACAGACAGCCAAUUACUUUUCUAUUUCUUGUAUCUCAGACAAUCAAACAUCACUAGUAUUGUAUUUUCUAAAGCACUAUAUAUGCCACCCUUACGCAGUACAUGAGGAGAAUAGCAUGUAAUUUAAUGCUAGUUAAUGCUAUCCUUUACUUGCUUAGGACCUUUAAUGUUUUUCUUCAGCCAAUGCAUUAUUAGUAAGCUUCUCAGGAGGUGGGUUGAUCUUUGGAAAGAUUUAUCUGUAGAAUGAUUCAUUACAGAUUUAGCACCAAACUCUGCUCGCAGACGUUUCGGAAACCUGCAUAAGCCCUGCAGCUUACCAGCUCUAUGCCUUCUUACCUCUGUGCUUCACUUUCGCUGCAUGUGCAACAAGCAUGGCAAAGUUGUAACGUCACCUUAAUGUGUUUCUUGCUUCUAAAACUUAAAAAAAGAAUAGGUUGCCAUUACAUGCUGCCAUUACAUUGUUGGAAUAUAAUUACCCCUGAAUCUGUUACCACAAAGCAAUAUCACUGUCUGUCAUAGGCUGAGAUGGGGGGUGUGAUGACUAAAGGAUUUGUAAAAGUUUUCCAGGGAAACGGGGGAUCUCUGUUUCCAUUGGCUUGUUUUUGCUAUAAUGCUGCUACACAAAUGGACUCAUAGAGAGAUGAUUCAUAGAUCAGCUGAGUAAUGUCAGAUCCGAUCUAUUUAUUAUAUGUCUGUACCAUAGAGUGAGCUCAACCAGAGAAGAAAAAAAGUUAUUUAUAUUUUUUCCUCAAGACUGUAUUAUAAUUUAAAAAGAUUUUUUUUUUUUUUUUUGCCUGAAUCGUGGUUUCCCUUGUAUAAUGUGUACAGUAUGUUCUUGGGGGCAUUGAUGACCUAAAGAAACAUACAAUCCUAUCAAAGGGAUGCAUUGUUAAUAAAACAAAAUUUGAAAUACCCAAAA